AUUUUAUGGUUGGGGGUCACCACAACAUGAGGAACUGUAUUAAAGGGCCGCGGCAUUAGGAAGGUUGAGAACCACUGGUCUAAGAGAUCCAACUAAGCUUUUCGGUCACAGCAGCUACCAUUUAUAGGUGGCGUUCAAGGUCGUGGUCCUUACUGUCCCCACAACAUCCUUACAGAGCAGCUGAUGGUGACCUCGUGUCCCCGUGAGGACACAGGUGGGAAAUGUUGGACAUGGCCCUGAGGUCCGGGAGAGGGUAGAACUGGCCCCAGAACACUGUCUGGCAGGUGCCCCUUUCUUUGGAAGGCCUGCCGGUUGAUUUGCUAGAGCAGUGAAGGAGAACUUAUUUUUUCCCCCUUGGCUCGGUGUAUUUUCUUACAAUUACGUGCGAUUUCCUCUAUUCAGAAUGGAGGAGAAACUAGGCAACCAGAUAAGGUUCUGGAUGGUCUUGGGACAGAAGUUGUUGUAGAUAGGCUAAUUUUGGCUAGUCUCCAUUCAUUCUCUUUUCUCUGUUUUUCCUGAUUUGACCAUUUGCCUAGCCCUCCCCCUGCUCCCACCCCCAACAUUUGGGUAAGGUUCCAAGUUUAGCUUGAAGGAAGGUAGACUGCAAAAUUCCCCAAGCUGUUAGGGAGCCGACCAUAGAUCUUUUACAGCUGGAUGGAAAUUGAGAUCAUCGCCAACCCAUGGAACAGAACACUUUUCCACGCCUCAUUUCUUCAACUAUAAAAUGAGGGUUGGGCUUUUGGGUCAUUGUACAUGAUGAAUAUGUUUUUUAAAACAAUGCCAAUUUGUUCAGUGUACGUUUUAGAGGACAGGAGUUGAUAUUGGGGUGUUUCAUGAAAAAACACUCAGGAUAUCUAGGUAGUCACCAGCAUGUUUGGGCAGUGACUUGAGGCAUAUGUAAGUCAGGUGGCCUGGGUUGUCUGCAUUUCUAGGGCCACUCUCUUCUUUCUCUUAGCCCAUAAGAUUGACAGAGAUGAACCAAGCUGGUGGAAUUACACGGAACACGGUGCAGUCACAGCAGUCCUCUGAAGAGGAGCGGGUUUAAGUGAAUCAUUUGACUUUCUGUUUGGUUUGUGUUCAGUUCUUAUACAUGGAGGCUCUCCUGUCCUAAUGGUUGUUUGGGGAUAAAUCACUCCCCUCAAGCGAAGAAAGUCAACUCUUCUAGGCUGCUGGCUAGUGUCUUACCUUUCUGUGGAAGGAUACUUAACUCCAUACUUCUGAGCUAAAGAAGCUCAGAUGAGCCACAGGUUUAAGCCUUUAAGAAAUAUCCCCAGGGUAACGUCGGCCUAGAUUUUGGAUUAAGUCACGUGGUUUGAGUUACUGUUUAUAUAUUCAAAGUCCACAUCAGAAGGCAAGUUAAAAACUUCUUUUCUACAUAAAUGGCUGUAGUCUUUGCAGUUACAUUUAUUUCAUGUUUUAGGAUGUAGGCAACCACAGACUGAAGUAGACCGAAAAUCUAGAGGAAGGAAGAGGCCAUUAUAUUUCAGAAGUAACAGCCUGUUUUGAUCUUCAGGUGUUAAAGUAUAGCCAGUGAAUGAAGAAUCCCAUGUACUUUACCAACUUGUUUGUCCUAUCCAGUACUUAAGAUGCUCUUUAAAGAAUGACUAUUAAUAAUUGUAUUUUAAUUGCUUUUUUUCCUAUAGAAUCAUUCAAAAUUCUUUCCAUUUUAUCGUACCUUUUCCCUUUGCUUUUAUUGCCAGUUUUGCUUUUGUUUCUAAUGAAAGCAUUUAAAAUAUUCCACUAUUUCCAAUUGAUAGUUCAACUGAAUGGGUUAUUGACCAAGUCCUUAUCUUUUCCAAAGGGCGGUGUUACUAGUAUAAGACCAAACAAGCCUGUGGACAUUGUGGUUUUUAUGUUUAUGGCUACUGAACAACCCGAAUCAGGACUUUCCUUUUUCUUAGAGACAUCCAAAGAGUCAGCAUUGAUUUUUUAGGUUAAAAUGACCAUUUCCUUAUCCUGGAAUGUUUGCUACUGUCAGCUCUUUUCCUGCCUAGUUUAUUCUGUAAGACCCAGCUCAGAUGUGUGCUCACCCUAGCCCGCAUUCCUAGGGCAGAAUUGUGGUCACAAUAAACACAUUAUUGUGUUUCCAGGUGCUUUAUACACUUAGUACACACUUUGAUUAUAGCCCUUACUGCACCGUAUAAUAGUUUCCUUCCUUUCUCCUCAGGGGACAGUGCAUUUCCCUAGGCAAGGACCGUGCUUGACUCAUCUCGGUAUCUCUAGGCUCCUAUCUAGAGUGCUUAGGAUGCAGAAAGCAUUUUUGGUUGAGUGGAGCCGAGUUAAAUUUUAAGUCCAAGUUUUCUCUCAGCAAUAUCAUUGCCAUAAAAAUCGGAUGCUGUGCUAUGCUUAUUACCCAUUUUAGGCCCUGUUCUGAAUAUCUUCUAAUUGGGGCGGAAAAUCUCUGUCCAGCUGGGUGAGGAAAUAAAUGUGAGGCUUUCCGCUUGUGUGUGUGUUUUUUCCCUUUCUAUCUGAUUUAGCAUCACCAUUUUUAAAAGAAAAAUCUUUGUAUUCUUUUUUUUCUUUUUUUUUUUUCUUGUGAAAUCCCGUAUUUUAUUCAUCACUUGGGCGACUUGAAACUGCUGUCUCCCUCUAUUCCCCAUUCCUUCCAAGGUGACAAAAGAACUGGUGAUAAAUGCCACAUUAUAGACUACAGUUGCCAAAAGGAAAAUACCAAACCAUCAAUCGACAGAAAUGCAGUUCACAUAAUUAAUGUGUUGUAAUCCCAUCUUGGGCAGGUAGAUGGUUCACUGCAGUCCUGCAGGGGAGUGGCCUGGGCUGGUUUACGCCAUCCCUUCUGAGACUCUCUCGGGGGAUGUGCUCCGCCAGGUGCUUAGUGCCCUCGCAGUGUGAUUUGAACAUCAGCUCCCAAUCCUCCAAACCACGGAAGUUCAUGAUAUUUUCUUAAAGAUCUGCUCUCUGAGACAUCUGCCUUAAACGAUGGGUCCCCAAAUGAGCAGCUGUCCUCGAUAGCAAGGUUGUAUUUCGCGCCCUUCCCGUCUUUGUAGGUGCUGGUCACUAUCCGCAUCCAGCCUCGCUCGCCCCAUGGUUCACCCCACGAAUUCCGGACAAUCCAGUACUCAGUCCCAUCGCUGAUGCCCCAGCCUGCCACGGAAAUGACGUGGUUAAUGUAGCUCUGCUCCUGGUACUCCGCGUAGAUGCCUCCGCUGUAAUUCACCAUCUUUUCUGUUGCCAUUAUCCCGCAGCUGAUGGGACCGUUGGCGUAGAUCUCUGCCAUCAUCUUCUCCCUGCCAGCCACGGGGCCGUAGUCGCCCACUUUCCAGAGCGUGUAGUUCUGAAUGGGCUGACACUCCUUGAACUCCGUGCAUGUGCCACACUGGUUGAACUUGUCACACUUCUGGUCCUUGGCCUGGUAGUUGUUGCAGGUCUCGUCCGGAAUGCCGUGCCUCUGGGCGUAGGACCACACCUCCAGGUCAUUGCCCCCCUCGCAGGAGCCAGCCAUCCCGCAGUCGAUGACGUGCUGCACAGACAGGAGGGUGGAGGGCCAUGCCCCCUUCCUCUUGAUGUUGAUCCGAUCCGCCAUGGCGCUGGUGCUGCCGUGCGCCCAGCAGGAGCCGCAGUACUGGGGGAUGUGCUGGUUGCGGGUGACGCUGGCGUAGUUGACCCCGUCCACGUUGCGCCAGUCCCAGCUCUUGGGCAGAUCCGACGGGGACAGGUACUCGUGAGGCCGCGGGUAGGUCCUGCGCCCCAGGGGGGCCAGCCGGUCCCCGCGCGGCGCCCGGUAGCAGCCCCGGCCCGGGCGGAAGGGGAGCCCGGCCCGCGCGCCCAGCAGCAGCACGAGCAGCAGCAGCACGAGCAGCAGCAGCAGCGGCCCCACCGGCCCCGACGACGCCAUGGCUCCGCGCCCGUCCCGCAACGGUGCCGAUUCGAACCCCGCACCGGAUCCCGCGCCGGCCAAUCUUUCUACUGACCUACUUCUUGCCUGGAAUCCCAUUUGCUUGGGUUUGGUAGAAGGUGUUAUUGGGAAAAUUCAGCUUCAUUCAGAUUUUCCAUGGUGGCUUAUUUUAAUUAGGCAGAAAGCGCUGGUGGGCAAACUUCCAGGAGACCAUGAGGUCUGUAAAGUUACCAAAAUUGCUGUGCUGUCACUUUCUGAAAUGGAACCUCAGGAUCUUGAGCUAGAGCUCUGUAAGAAGCAUCACUUUGGAAUUAACAAACCAGAGAAGAUUAUACCAUCUCCUGAUGACUCAAAGUUUUUACUGAAGACCUUUACGCAUAUUAAGUCCAAUGUAUCUGCUCCUAAUAAAAAGAAAGUCAAGGAAAGUAAAGAAAAGGAAAAGUUGGAGAGAAGAUUACUUGAAGAGUUGCUGAAGAUGUUCAUGGACUCGGAAUCCUUUUACUACAGCUUGACCUAUGACUUGACCAACUCAGUGCAGAGGCAAAGCGCUGCCGGCAGGGACCCCCGGCCCCUCUGGCAGAAGGUUGAUGAUCGAUUUUUUUGGAAUAAAUAUAUGAUACAAGAUCUUACUGAGAUUGGUACACCAGAUGUGGACUUCUGGAUUAUCCCCAUUAUCCAAGGUUUUGUGCAGAUUGAAGAACUUGUGGUAAAUUACAGUGAGUCAUCUGAUGAUGAGAAAAGCAGCCCAGAGACCCCGCCUCAGGAGUCCACCUGUGUAGAUGACAUUCACCCACGAUUCCUAGUGGCUCUCAUUUCACGUCGCAGUCGGCACAGAGCAGGAAUGCGCUAUAAACGAAGAGGGGUGGAUAGAAAUGGAAACGUUGCCAAUUAUGUGGAGACUGAGCAGCUAAUUCAUGUCCAUAACCACACCUUGUCAUUUAUUCAAACCCGAGGCUCUGUGCCCGUCUUUUGGAGCCAGGUUGGCUAUCGAUACAAUCCAAGGCCUCGGCUGGACAAGAGUGAAAAGGAAACUGUUGCCUAUUUCUGUGCCCACUUUGAAGAACAACUGAAAAUUUACAAAAAACAGGUUAUUAUUAACUUGGUGGACCAAGCAGGAAGAGAGAAAAUUAUUGGGGACGCUUACCUCAAGCAGGUGUUGCUCUUUAACAAUGCGCACCUCACUUAUGUUUCAUUUGACUUCCAUGAGCACUGCCGAGGAAUGAAGUUUGAGAAUGUUCAAACACUAACAGAUGCUAUUUAUGACAUUAUUCUUGACAUGAAGUGGUGUUGGGUUGAUCAAGCUGGGGUAAUAUGUAAACAAGAAGGGAUUUUUCGAGUUAAUUGCAUGGACUGCCUGGACCGCACCAACGUGGUUCAAGCUGCCAUCGCACGAGUGGUCAUGGAGCAGCAGCUGAAAAAAUUAGGUGUGAUGCCCCCAGAGCAGCCACUGCCGGUGAAAUGCAAUCGGAUCUAUCAGAUAAUGUGGGCCAACAAUGGUGACUCCAUCAGCAGGCAGUACGCUGGCACAGCUGCUCUGAAGGGUGACUUUACAAGGACAGGGGAAAGGAAGUUAGCAGGAGUCAUGAAAGACGGUGUUAACUCCGCAAAUAGGUAUUACCUGAAUCGAUUUAAGGAUGCUUAUAGGCAAGCUGUCAUAGAUUUGAUGCAAGGCAUUCCAGUGACAGAAGAUCUUUAUUCCAUAUUUAACAAAGAGAAAGAGCAUGAAGCUUUGCAUAAGGAAAACCAGAGAAGUCACCAGGAACUGAUUAGCCAGCUUUUACAAAGUUACAUGAAGUUACUGCUGCCUGAUAAUGAAAAGUUCCACGGGGGCUGGGCCCUCAUUGACUGUGAUCCCAGCCUCAUUGAUGCUACGCACAGAGACGUGGAUGUGCUGUUACUGCUUUCUAAUUCUGCCUACUACGUUGCCUAUUAUGAUGAUGAAGUUGAUAAAGUAAACCAGUAUCAACGACUAAGUCUAGAAGACCUGGAAAAAAUAGAAAUAGGUCCUGAACCCACUCUUUUUGGAAAGCCAAAGUUCUCCUGCAUGCGGCUGCACUACAGAUACAAAGAAACAAGUGGCUAUUUCCACACACUGAGAGCUGUAAUGCGCAAUCCAGAAGAGGAUGGGAAAGAUACGCUUCAGUGCAUUGCGGAGAUGCUGCAGAUCACCAAGCAAGCCAUGGGGCUGGAUGUGCCUAUAAUCGAGAAAAAACUUGAGAGGAAGAGCAGUAAACCUCAUGAAGACAUAAUUGGCAUCAGAUCUCAAAACCAAGGGUCUCUGGCCCAGGGAAAAAAGUUUUUAAUGAGCAAAUUUUCAUCUCUAAAUCAAAAAGUGAAACAGACCAAAUCCAAUGUAAAUAUUGGCAAUUUACGAAGGCUGGGAAACUUUGCAAAACCUGAAAUGAAAGUUAAUUUUCUGAAACCAAACUUAAAAGUAAAUCUUUGGAAAUCAGAUAGUAGUCUUGAAACCAUGGAAAACACAGGUGUGAUGGAUAAUACAGUCCAGGCAGAGUCUGAUGGGGAAAUGUCUUCAGAUAAUGACUCCUACCACUCUGAUGAAUUCCUUACAAAUUCCAAGUCUGAUGAGGACAGGCAGCUAACUAAUUCUCUAGAGAAUGUGGGGCCAAUAGACUAUGUUCUUCCUAGUUGUGGCAUUAUUGCUUCAGCACCUCGAUUAGGCAGAUCCCAAUCUAUUAGCAAUACUGAUGUUAGCAUUCGUGCUCCUUCAGAUAUUACUAUUGCUGCUCAUGGAAGUGAGUUUGGAAAAGGCUGUGAGUCUCCUUUAAAAAAAAGUCCUUCUGCUGAUAAUAUACACACAUUGACUGGCUUUGCCAAGCCUAUGGAUAUUUACUGCCACCGAUUUGUACAAGAUGCACACAACAAAAUGACCCAACUGUCCGAAACCAGAUGUGUUUCUCAGCAGGCUAGUGAGGAAGGAAAUCAAACAACCAAUCAAGUUUCCAAUGAAGAAACCCAAUCUGAAUCAACGGAACACAUACCUUCUCGACCAUCUCAAUUAGACGUGUGUUUUUCUGCAGCAGGCCCACAGUUUUUGUCUGUCGAACCAGUGCAUUCAGUUGUAUCUCAAAAGACCCCCGGCUCUGGAUCCAGCAUGCUUGACCUUGAGGCAGGGCUUCAUGUAACUCCUUCUCCUUCGGAGAGCAGCAGCAGAGCCGUCUCUCCCUUUGCAAAGAUUCGGAGUUCCAUGGUCCAGGUUGCUAAUAUUACUCAAGCCGGGUUAACCCAGGGGAUAAGCUUUGCAGUGGCAAAGGUUCAAAAGAGCCCUGCAGAACCUGAAGUGGUUAAUGAGGUCCAGCAAAAUGAACUUAAAAAUAUGUUUACACAAUGCCAGACGCGAAUAAUUCAGAUUUAGUUUUUAGCCAUAAUCCUAUGGCUUUUAAUAAAAAAAAAAAAAGGUUUCACAUAUGAGACUAUUUUAACCUGCACUGACUCUGAAUUUAGGGAUAAUAAAUUCUGUUUACUGGGAAAGGUUUUAAAAGGAAUAUGAACUUGAGCAGAUUUCCAAAUUUGGGAGUCAGGACAACAGAGGUGCAUCAACCUAGACUGUGUAGACCUAAGUAGCUAAACACUACAGAGCUGUUUGUCUCUUUGAAUGUAAUUCAGGACUAGAUUACUUUGGGGUAUAAUAACCUGUACCUGAACCUUUUUUUUUUUUUUUUUUUGAGUGGGCGGAGGGAGCUGUUGAGUGUAUGAAGUAGACACACAAAGGACGGUCAUGGAUACAUUGAGGGGGUUAGCAUUUUUUGUAACAUUUUUCUCAGUACAUUUCUGUGUAUUACCUCUACAAGGUAAAUACAUUUAGUUUUUAGUGACUUUAAAAGUGUUAUUAAUAUGGAAAAGCAUUUGAAUAUAAAAAACUUGGUUUUGUUUUGAUGGCUUAACCAUUCCCUAUGAAGAAUUGAGGGUUACUGGCAUAGUUAAGAAAUGUAUGCCCAUUGGAUUUUAAUUUUCCCUGUAUUUUAAACAAUUUUAAAUUUUAUGCCACUCUGUAUACCCCAAAGUCUAGGAGCAUUAAGAUAUGUCAGUCAUAAAACCUGAGACAGCAGAUCUGAAUACCAGCACCUAUUAAUUUUGGUAUUUUCAGGUAAGAAUGUACAUUUACCGGAUAUUGGUAAUUCUUUUGUAGGGGGCAUUCCUUAACAUCUUGUGUAGACUAUUGAAACUUAGUCUGAAGCACAGUUGUGUUAAAAUUGGUUUUAUGACCAUAACCCUGACCACAUGGACACUCUUCUAUAAGCCCAUACAUUAAGAAAGCUACUUUAUUCCAAACCAAUACUGGUUUGUCUGCUAUCUUUAGAGCCUUACUCUGUUGACGUGAUUCUCAGCUAAACAUUAAGUCUGUUGUAACUUUGCUAAGUAUUUCCACUUUUGUUAUUUAUUAGUGGUAUAUUUUUGUGUGUGUGUGAAGUGUCAAGUCUUGUGGCUAUUUAAAAAAUAAAAUACCAUUGUGAUUUAAAGUGA